AUGUCUGGGUUUUGGAAAUUCACGAGCAAUUAUGCUUCUCGGGUGACCAAGAUUCUUGAGCAGCCCGACUUCACGUUGGAGAAUCUGUUGGACGAGCAGGAGACGAUUCCUGAGCUGCUUGCUUCGAAUGCGAAGCUGGUGGAGUACUUGCGCGAGCCGGAAGUAAUGGAGGCGUUGGUGAACUACAUUGUUGAUGACGACGAGUACCAACGCGAGUUGGAACAAGGUCUUGAAGGCGACACAGAAACACAUCAGGAAUCACAGGAACCGGAGGAACCGCAGGAAGACCACGAGCCUGAGUCGGACGACGAGUCCGGCGAGUCAUUGGAGUCGAACGAGUCGCUUGAGUCUGAGGAGGGGUCCACCCAGACUUCACAGCCGAAGUCGUUGUCUUCAACACUACAAAAAAGCGACUCGGACAGCGAUUCUGAUUCGGACGAGGACACAAAGGAGGGCAAGGAUGAGGAUCAGUUACACGACGACGACACAGAAUCGUUUGGAGAAAUUAAUAUGGACGAAGAUGACGAAGAAGAAGAAGAAGAAGAGGAUGACGAAACACCGGCAGAAAGACAUUCUAGACGAGCACAAGUGGCUGCGGAAAUCUUAUCUGUUGACGUGUGGUCGUUGACUGAUGCUUUCAUGGAAGCUCCACAUUUGAUAGAAAAGUUGUGGGGCAUCCUGGACAAGCCUGCACCGUUGCCGAUUUUCCUUGCAACGUAUUUUAUGAAAAUUAAUGAGCAUUUGUUGGACAUGAAGAUGGAUGAAAUGAUACAGUUUAUUUUACAGGAUUCGAAUCUGAUUGAGAGAUUCAUGAGACAUAUAGAUACUCCGCCUUUGAUGGACUUUUUGUUGAAGGUGAUCUCCACAGACAAGCCAGAUGCCAGCACUGGGGUCAUUGAGGUGAUGAAGGAGCAGGACCUGAUCCCUUCUUUGAUAGCAUUUUUGGGACCAGACAUUCCGUCCACGAUUCAAAGUGCUGCAGGAGAUUUCCUCAAGGCAUUUAUCACUAUUUCUGCAAAUAAUGCCGAGAACACCACGAUCGGUCCUAACGAGCUCAGCAGACAGCUUGUGAGCGAGCCGAUGGUGCGGGAGCUGGCCAAGAUGAUGCUUUGUGGUGGCACUGGGCUUUCGAACGGAGUCGGGAUUGUGAUCGAGAUCAUUCGGAAGAACAACUCCGACUACGACGCCAUUCCGGUGGUUUAUAUCACCAUCGAGUCGCACCCGCCUAGUCCUCGUGACCCAAUCUAUUUGGGCACUCUGGUGAAGGUUUUUGCAGAGUAUAUGCCGCAAUUUACCGAGAUGCUGGAAAGGAAAGUGGACAAAGUUUUGGAGACGCCGUUUGGUCAGAUUGAGCCGCUUGGGUUCGAGCGGUUCAAGAUCUGCGAGCUUGUUGCAGAGCUGAUCCACUGCUCUAAUAUGGCAUUGUUAAACCACGAAAAGGGUGAGGAGAUUGUCGCUGAAAGAGAUUUGGCAAGAGAAAUUCUAAUUCAACGACACAAGGAGCUGAGUGAGAAUCCAGACGCCCAGUCUGAUGACGAGAUCGACAUUUCGAAGGAGGUGGAGAAUCUUAAUUUGAAAGAGAACGAGGAGAGUGAGAAAGAUCACACACAGGAUGUUAGCUACGACGAGAUGAGCGAAGCCAACGAAGCCAGCCGGUUUGACGAGAACGAGGAAACAUUGAAUCCAGAAGACGUGGACGAGAACGAACAGAGUCUCCGGGAGAACCCUGUUGUUGGCGACCAGCUAAAGAUCGCUCUCUAUGAGAACAAUGUGAUUGUAACGAUACUGCAAAUGUUUUUCAAGUUCCCAUGGAACAAUUUCUUGCACAACGUUGUGUUUGACAUUGUUCAACAGGUUUUGAACGCGUCGAUGGACGUUGGCUACAACAAAUAUCUUGCUAUCGAUCUUUUUGAUCGGGGUACCAUUACGAAACUCAUAGUUGACGGACACAACAAAUGUCUUGACUACGAGGAGCACACAGAGCUGCGUCUUGGAUACAUGGGACACUUGACCUUGAUUGCGGAAGAGGUUGUGAAAUUCACCUCGUUGCACGUUCCUAACGGGAAGGCGUCUGUGAUUGAGGAGAGUAUUAUGAAUCCGGAAUGGACGCACUAUGUUAACGAAACUCUUGUUCAAACGCGAAACAAGUACAAUGCUGUUUUGGGUAACGACGAGGAACUGGACGACGAGGAGUACUCGCAAAGCCAGCACCAGCUGCAGCUGGACCCGGACCAGGACCAUGAUCUGUCGUUGUACCAGCGCGAGUACGGCGCGGAGAACGACGACGAUCUGGAGGAGAAGAACGAGAACGAGAACCAGGACCAGGACUUGGACUCGGACCAAUUUUCCAGAUACAUCACACAGCAGAUGACUAGUAACGUUCAAGACAAGUUUGGAUCUUCGGACGAGGAUUCAGAAGACGAGGAUGCACAGCAGGCCAGUUCUGACUCGUUUUAUGACAAGAAUCUUGUGAGUUCUUCCAUCGGCGGCCACCCGUACCACCAGAUGAGUUCGGAUGAGGAUCUUUCACACGAUGAUGACGACUACGAAGACCCCAACGACGACGGCCAGUCGUAUGUGAAGGAGAACCAUCCUUUAUACCAAGCAGAUGGCUCUUUGAACUACCAGGUUGGCACUCCAGGAGUCAGUGAGCUUCCUCUGUCUGAUUCCGAUUCCGACAGCGAGGAUCUCACUGGUCAUGAUCACGAUAACGAAGUUGACGACUCAGACUACUCGGAAACGCACCGUUUGGGACGGUUUUCCAGUAGGCUUGAAUAG